AUGGAACUUAAAAAAGUUGAUGAAGUGGUAAAGGUGUCGAUUGGCGAGAGUUUGUCGGAGUUGGUGAGUGGGUUUGGAAGGUACCAGGUUUGGCAGAGUUUCCUAGCUCUGAUUCCAGUGGUAUGCACUGCGAUGAGCAAUACCAACUUUGUGUUCGCGGCGGCUGCUGUCAACUACAGAUGUGCAGUACCAGAAUGUGAGUUAGCAAACGCAUCUUCUGGUCUUCCAAACUGGUGGCCAGUCAACGUGACAGACUAUCGUUGCUCCCGACCAGUCUUAAACAACACUUGUAUUACUAAAGAUAUCAACAAUUACGAAAACUGCGACGAAUGGAUUUAUGAAACAAAUAACUCUAUUGUUGCUGAGUUUGGUUUGGCGUGUCAAGAAUGGAAGCGGACCCUGGUGGGCACUGUUCAUAACUUGGGAGUCCUGAUUUCCAUGCCUCUUAUGGGUUUUAUUUCAGACAGGUUUGGUCGUCGUAAAGCCAUCAUAAUAAGUGGACUAAGUCUGUCUUUGGGAGCCUUUAAGACAUUAUCAGGGGCAGGUUUAAAUGGCUACGUCACCUACAUCUGCAUUGAGUUUCUGGAAGCUGUUCUUGUCACUGGGACUUAUACUUCGUGCUUUGUACUUAUCGUGGAACUCAUCGGCAGUGACAAGAGAAUUAUAGGCGCUGCUGCAGUCGGUAUAUCAGUAGCUGUUGGGGAGCUAAUAUUGGACUUGAUAGUUUGGUAUAUUCCAUAUUGGCGAAAUUUCCUUCUAAUUAUCUACUGUCCUGUUCCUAUAUUCCUAUUCUACACGUAUCUUCUAGAAGAAAGUAUGCGCUGGUUGCUCAUCAAUGGCAAAAAUUAUGAAGCGUUAGCAUUACUGCAGAAGAUAUCUCGUUGGAAUCAAUUUGCGAUUUCUGAUAAAGUAAUUGAUGACAUCAAUACUGAAUCUAAGACUACGAAUGUUGUGAACAAAGAAACGUUUACUGUAAAAUUACUUUUCACAUCUACUGCGCUACUUAAAAGAGUGGUGAUUUGUUCUUGGUGGUGGUUUACCGCAGCGUUUGUAUACUACGGUUUGAUGAUUAACUCUGUUAGUCUCCCUGGGAACAAGAACGCUAACUUUGCUCUCUCAUCCUUUGCUACCAUACCUGGUGAUAUCAUUGCUGUGAUAACUUUGGACAGAUUUGGAAGGAAAAAGACGUUGUUCUGGGGAUUCCUAUUUUGUGGACUUUGUUGUGUAACCAACGGCUUCAUACAAGAUUACAAAAUUGCAUCGCUCGUCGUGUUCCUUAUUGGAAAAACGUCAAUAUCGGCGUGUUUCAACGCGGUGUAUGUCUACACAUCAGAGCUCGUGCCUACAUCGGCGCGGGGUUCCUUAGUGGGCACUUGUUCAAUGCUGGCUCGUGUCGGUACAGUGCUGGCUCCACUUACUCCACUUUUGAGAGAUUUGUGGCAUUCCUUACCAACGACACUGUUCGGCUGCGCAUCACUCUCCGCUGCAGUUCUUACACUCGCUACUCCAGAAACACUGCGAAAACCUCUACCAGAUACCGUUGCAGAGGCAACAGCUAUGUCUUAGACUAAAUAAUACACACAUCUC